CGUUUGCAACCAACAGUAACAUAAUUAUCAAAAUAAGGAGUGGAUUAUUGUAAAGAUGUGGUAGUUUAUCAAUUGAGCAACGCGUUACUGUUGAAAUUAAAGCGAGAAAGUCUGUUUAGCGCGGGCACAGAAACCUCGAAUUAUUGCGCUCUAGGACCCAGCGCGGACGCCACAGCCAGGAAACAGCAAUAGCUCUGUGCUAGAGAAAUCCUUCAUCGGCAGUGUUGUUUUGAUUAAACGGUGCAUUUCAGGGGUUUAUUCCCCGCUCUAACCCGUUCUUAUAGCUGAAAGGCAGGUGUUUGUGACACCAUGGCUCCACUCCUGUUGUACCGCCUCGUCAGCUCCCUAACCUGCCAUCUAACCCAGAUCACCCUCAGCCGAACCUACCCAAGCACUACCACCACCAUCUCCCGCUGCCUCUCCUCACUCACAUCCUACCCAGCCAGAGUGCUCCUGACGCUGGGUAGACCCAUCCAGCCCCUGGCCUCCUCUCCUGGAUCUUCUCCCCAGGAUCAGGGCUCCCUACUGGGCCAAUGUCAGCACCUGGCCUGCCACCAGCCCACUGCAGGGAUGAAAACCAAGAGCGCUCUGAAACGGCGAUGUAAAGACUGCUUCUUUGUGGUACGGCGGGGAUGUCUAUUUGUGUUCUGUAAGGCUCACCCCAGACACAAGCAGAGACAGGGGUGAAGAGGAGCAGGGGGUGUGAUGAUGAUGUGUGUAUGGUCCUCUGAAUUGUUUGUUACUUGAGUUGUAUUGCCACAUUAAAUUGUUUUACUGACUGACA